AUGGGUCACAAUUCAUGCAUUAAGAAGGAAUAUAAGGGACAACCUAAGUGCUACAAGUGUGAAAGAUUUGGGCAUUUGGCUAGGGAGUGCACUGCAAACAAAGGUGUGCAGAAAGCCAAUAAUGCAAGUCAAAUGAAAGUAGGAGGAAACUUGUUCUUUACAAAUUGUGCAAAUGAAGAAUGGUAUGUGGAUAAUGGUUGCAGCAACCAUAUGACUGGGAACAAGAAGUUGCUAAUCAAUAUAAACACAAAUGUGACAAGCAAGGUGCAGAUGCCAACAGGAGAACUUGUAAGCAUAACUAGUAUGGGUACUUUGGUACUUAACACAAGCACUGGUACAAAGUAUAUCAAAGAAGUCAUGUAUUUACCUGGUUUGAAAGAAAAUCUGUUGAGUGUGGGUUAA